CAGCUGGUAUACACACUUCCUUGUAUGAAAAAAAAAAUUGUAAACAAAUUGAAUGGUAAAAAGUGGUUUAGUAAUAAUAAAAAAAAGUGGUUCACUAAUUGAGAUGUCGUCAAAUUUGACCGACCUGAUACCAUUCGUCAUGAAGGGAAAUCGAGGAGGGAUGGAAGUAAGAAGAAAACAACGGAAGACUUUCAAUAUGGAACCAGUUCCUGAAAAGAAUAACUUUGCAGGUUGCUUUGUUGAUAACAGUAAUCAUACUGAUGUAAUAACACCCGGUGUUCAUGGGAUUUACAGACAGAAAUCUUUCGGAGCUUGCGACCGCCUCACAACUCUAUCGUCGUACGCUAAAGCCGCACGUCUGUCAAUCGGAAGUGCUGCUGUAGGAAUCGGAAAUUUAUUCAGUCGCAAAAUGGCGGUCAGUGCGAAUCCUUCAUACCCGUGGCCAAAUAGUCAGGAUGAUUACGAAUUACGUGAUGUUAUUGGUGUUGGUGCUACUGCGGUUGUGUAUGGAGCAUAUUGUAAACCCCGUGGUGAAAAAUGUGCGAUCAAGAGGAUAAACUUGGAAAAAUGGAAUACUUCAAUGGACGAGCUUCUAAAAGAAAUACAGGCCAUGUCAAGUUGUAAUCAUGAAAAUGUUGUGACAUACUAUACAAGUUUUGUAGUGAACGAUGAAUUGUGGUUAGUGUUGCGGCUACUAGAAGGUGGUAGCCUCUUAGAUGUUAUUAAGCAUAAGAUGAAAGUGAGCAAUUGUAAACAUGGAGUAUUUGAUGAGGCAACAAUUGCUACUGUCCUUAAGGAAGUUUUGAAGGGGUUAGAAUACUUUCAUAGUAACGGACAAAUACACAGAGACAUAAAGGCGGGGAAUAUAUUAUUAGGUGAAGAUGGCACUGUUCAGAUUGCAGACUUUGGUGUAUCUGCGUGGCUAGCCACAGGCAGAGAUUUAUCGAGACAAAAAGUUAGACAUACUUUUGUUGGUACUCCCUGCUGGAUGGCACCCGAAGUUAUGGAACAAGAUCAUGGAUAUGAUUUCAAAGCUGACAUUUGGUCUUUUGGUAUAACUGCUAUUGAGAUGGCGUCUGGGACUGCACCAUAUCAUAAAUACCCACCUAUGAAGGUAUUAAUGCUGACUCUGCAGAAUGAUCCUCCAAAUUUGGAUACAGGGGCAGACGAAAAAGAGCAAUAUAAGGCGUAUGGAAAAACCUUUAGGAAAAUGAUAGUGGACUGCUUACAAAAAGACCCAUCGAAAAGGCCCACGGCCACUGAAUUACUAAAACAUCCAUUUUUCAAAAAAGCUAAGGAUAGGAAGUAUUUAACUCAAACUCUAGUGGCUAUUGGGCCUAGCAUGGAAACCAGGGUACAUAAGGCAAGUAAAAGGCAACCGGGUGCCUCUGGGAGGUUGCACCGAACCGUCACUGGAGAGUGGGUUUGGAGUGAAGAAGAGGAUGAAAACGCAGAACACCAGGAAUCCGAUGAAGAUUCGUCAGUCGGCGAAGAUAAGAGGCCAAUGAACGAAUUACAAAAGGCCGAUUCUAGUGCCAGUGAAAAUGAUGAGGAAUCUCCUAACAAUAAGAAAAAAAAUUUCGAAGUAAAGCCCGAUCAAGGCGAGCCUCCCAUUAUAAAUUUAGUAUUACGACUGAGGAACGCGCGUAAAGAGUUGAAUGACAUUCGCUUUGAGUUUAUUGUGGGCAAGGACACUGCGGAAGGAAUUGCCACCGAGUUAGUUGGAGCUGGUUUAGUGGACCCUCAGGAUUCUGUUCCCAUAUCCGUGAAUUUAAAUAGACUACUUGAAGCGCAGCUGUCUUCUUCUUCGGCGAAAGCUGUUACAUUCCAUUUGAAUUCCGCGGGACCUAACGAGCAAUUCGACGACAAGACUUUGAUAGGUUUCGCCCAAAUAUCAAUCAUAGAUUAAAAUAUUUAUCAGGGUUGUAUGUGAUUGUACUGUAAACAUCUCGAUCGAUUUGUACUAACUAUACCGGUAUUCUAGAUACACAGUACUUUUAUUUAUGGUGCUAGCGGGCGUUAAAGGCAAGAAUGCCUUUAGUCUUUGUAUUGAAUACGUAAGACUUAUUUAAUUUCAAAUUUGCUAUUGACAGAAUAUAUUUUAUCACUGGCCAUUGACUUUACCGAGCCAAAGAUGUUUAUAGUCUUUAAUUCAUUAAGUGGUACUUUGAUCUGUAGAUGUAAGAUAUUUUUGUUGUUCCAUUUUGCAAAGCGAAAUUUUAAUUACUGCAAACCAGAAAUAUUUAUGUGUGUAUUGUAAUAAAUUAUGUAAUUAAAUAUUUUUUGUCGAA